UUUCCUGAGAUACGUAUGAGGCCCACACCGGGGCUAGCGCCCUGGGCCAGCAGUUUCCAGUUGACUAAGAGCGCGUCCCUACGGCCAGGGACGAAGGAGGCCCUGGAGUCUACUGAGCAAAGGGCCUGGCCUCCGAACGCUGCUAUAAAUGGGCCACGAGCCCAGCCCGGCCUUGCCGGGACGGAUUUCCUCACCGCGGGUCUCGUUAAAAUGCGCACACCGCAGGAGUGAGGGCUGCCCCAGCCGCGGGUUUAGAGGGGAGGGGGGAAGAGGGGAGGGGACGGAGAGGCAGGAGUGUGGUGACACUGGUUCCUGUCAUAACCUCCGAGAGCGUGCGAAUGCCAAGGCUAAAGGGAGAGCUUGAGGCGAAGGCGUCCAUCCGCCGCCCCCUCCUCCAAGUUUCCCCCUCCAGGUCUUGUCUCCCGUCAAACCGAAGACCCUGAAGAGCAAUGUUUCUUUCACUUCCCAGAAGCGGCAUAUGAGCUUGGAAGCUACCCGGGUGAUGGGGCUGUGGGGUGCCUGGAUCUGGCUGGGACCUCCAAAUCGGGGUAGGGCAGUCUUUCAGCCAAGGUUACCAGUUGCUUUUACCAACACCCCCCGCCCCCCCGCCCCAGCUUGUUUCAGCUCACCAGGGUCCACCGACAGGAGCUGCAGAGAAAGCAAGCCAGGUGAGCACGCCAGAAGCAAAGAUCCUAACUGGAUCAACGACUGGCCGAGGGGAGUGUAGAGAGAUGAGAAGCCAUUUUGGGGAAAAUUCUGUGUGGGGUGCAAGAAAGAAGUGUCAAUAGCCAGCUGCCAGUGAGCGCUGGAUCUCGGGACACUCUAAGGGUCUUCUUGGUGGCUUUAGGGCCAGGUCUGCCACUUUGGGGAGACAGCUCCAGGUCCCGAGCUGAAAAGGAAGAGCCUGAGGCCCCCACAGGUCCCCUUAGUGGUUAGAGUGCCUGGAGAGCUAGUGGCUGAUUCCGAAACAAGAAUGGGGAGCACCCAAGGCGGGCCGGGGUGCGCACCAUAAACACCCCACUUGUUAACUGCGCGGGGGGCCCAAGGGCCCUUCAAACAGACCCGACAGGAGGGCUCACGUCCGAGCGUGGGCGGGGCUAGCACAGGGGCCAGGCCCCCCACUAGCCACGUUGGGGCAGCCCCCACAGCUCCUGGCCUUUGGGCUGAGGUAUCGGGUGUGCGUCUCCCGGCCCAUCAAUACAGAUUACAUAUUUAUAUCAAUCAUGCGCUCAGAGGGCGCCCUCGGAGAGCGGCCCCGCGCCUACGAAACCAAACUGGGAGUGGUCGCGCGGAAACUCUGGCUCAGGAUUGGCUGCGGGCACCCGCCGCGAUGCGGGGGGAUUGCUAAUCGUAUUCAGCAUGUUUUGCACAAGAAAUGUCAGCCAGAAAGGGCUAUCUGCUCCCUUCGCCAAAUUAUCCCACAACAAUGUCAUGCUCGGAGAGCCCCGCCGCGAACUCUUUUUUGGUCGACUCGCUCAUCAGCUCGGGCAGAGGCGAGGCUGGCGGUGGUGGCAGCGGCGCGGGGGGCGGCGGCGGCGGCGGCGGCUACUACGCCCACGGCGGGGUCUACCUGCCGCCGGCCGCCGACCUGCCCUACGGGCUGCAGAGCUGCGGGCUCUUCCCGGCUCUGGGAAGCAAGCGCAAUGAGGCGGCGUCGCCGGGCGGCGGCGGCAGCAGCGGGGGCCUGGGUCCCGGGGCGCACGGCUACGCGCCCGCACCUUUAGACCUGUGGCUGGACGCGCCCCGGUCGUGUCGGAUGGAGCAGCCCGAGGGGCCGCCGCCGCCGCCGCCCCAGCAGCAGCCACCGCCCCCGCCGCAACCACCCCAACCCCCGCCGCAGGCCACCUCGUGCUCUUUCGCGCAGAACAUCAAAGAGGAGAGCUCCUACUGCCUCUACGACUCGGACAAAUGCCCCAAAGGCUCCACCGCCACAGCCGAGCUGGCCCCCUUCCCGCGGGGCCCGCCGCCCGACGGCUGCGCCCUGGGCACCUCCAGCGGGGUGCCAGUGCCCGGCUACUUCCGCCUCUCCCAGGCCUAUGGCACGGCCAAGGGUUACGGCAGCGGCGGCGGCGCGCAACAGCUCGGCGCCGGCCCGUUCCCCGCUCAGCCCCCCGGGCGCGGCUUCGAUCCGCCACCCGCGCUCGCCUCGGGCUCAGCGGAUGCAGCCCGGAAAGAGCGAGCCCUCGAUUCACCGCCGCCCCCUACGCUGACUUGCGGUGGCGGCGGCGGCGGCGGGGGCUCACAGGGCGACGAGGAGGCGCACGCGUCGUCCUCGGCCGCAGAGGAGCUCUCCCCAGCCCCUUCCGAGAGCAGCAAAGCCUCGCCCGAGAAGGACUCCCUGGGCAAUUCCAAAGGCGAAAACGCAGCCAACUGGCUCACGGCAAAGAGCGGCAGGAAGAAGCGCUGCCCCUACACCAAGCACCAGACGCUGGAGCUGGAGAAGGAGUUUCUGUUCAACAUGUACCUUACUCGAGAGCGGCGCCUAGAGAUCAGCCGCAGCGUCCACCUCACGGACAGACAAGUGAAAAUCUGGUUUCAGAAUCGCAGGAUGAAACUGAAGAAAAUGAACCGAGAAAACCGAAUCCGGGAGCUCACAGCCAACUUUAAUUUUUCCUGAUGAAGCUCCAGGCAAUGCCGUUUUUUCGCUGCCAGAGAGCCGUUCUCCUCCCUCUGCCUUCGGCCUCUGCCCAGGAACUCGCACCUGUGCCGGAGCCCCGUUCCUCCCUCCCACACUCGCCAUCUCGCUGGCCGUUACAUCUGUGCAGGGCUGGUUUGUUCUGACUUUUUCUUUGUCUGCUCGCUUGGUGCUGGUUUACUUGUUUUCUGGGGGAAAAAGCCAUAUCGUGCUAAAUUUCUAUAGAGAUAAAUAUUAUCCUCAAGUGUUGAGUGGUGACCGGCUGGUUUGCUGUCUCGGGGUUCCUCUGCUGGAAAUGGCUCCUGUCCUCCCGGUGGAGCUGGUUUCCUGCGGGGGCGGGCAAACCUAGCCGGAAGACCGAGGUCCCAUUGUAGGCGCUGAGGUGUCUGGCCUGAGGUCAAUGGUGCAAGGAGCCGCCACCGGGCUCGCCUGCCUGGAGUGCUGGGCUGUGUUUAAUCAGGGGACACAGGCCCCUGGGUUUCUUUUUUCUUUCUUUCUUCCUUGGCAAAGAGAAGGGCUUGCAAGCAUGGACAUGCAGGCUGGCAAAAGGGCUUGGCUUUGGCUGAUGAGAAAAUUGAGAGUCAGAAAGAUUAAUCUUUCUUUUCUCUGUAAGAUAUCCCAGCUCUAAAAGGGGGGGAAAAAAAAAAGAA